GGCGGGAGCCGCGGCGGCGGCGGCGGCGGCGGCGGAGCCCGAGCCCCUCCCCCGGGGGCGGGGCCGCCCGGGCCGGCGGGCUGCUGGCGCCUCCCCCUCUUCCUCCCUUCCCCCUCCCCGCCGUCCCCUCAGUAACUUGGCUGCCUUUUAUCGGGCGAGCGGCGAGGCGGAGAGUUUAUUGGUGCCGGAGCCGCGGCGCGGCCGGGGCGGGGAGCGAGCGCGGCGGCAGGGCGGGGGGCCCGGUCCGGGCCGGGACGAUGCUGCGGCUGGUGUCGCUGAAGUUGGGGCGGCUGUACCGCUACGUGAAGCUGGCGGUGCUGGGCAGCCUGGCGGCGGCGCUGGUGCUGAACACGCACUCGCUGCUGGCCUCGCUGCAGCGCAACGAGCUGUCGGAGCGGCGGUUCCUGCAGCUCAAUAAGUGCCCGGCCUGCUGGGGCACCAGCUGGUGCCGCAAGUUCCUCAACGGGCAGCUGCGGCUGGAGAGCUGGGGCCGCCUGCGCCUCUUCGACUUCUUCAACGUCAAGAACGUCUACUUCGCGCGCUACGGGGAGCCCCGCGAGGGCAGCCGCCGCGUCGUCCUCAAGCGCCUGGGCUCCGCGCAGGAGCUCGCCGACAUCGACACCAAGAUCUGCCGCCGCGCCACCGGCAGGGGCCGCUGCGACCUCCUCCAGGCCCUGCACGCCACCGAGUUCGCCAGCCUCAACGGCGACGUGCGGCUCCUCACCCCCGACGCCGUGGAGGGCUGGUCGGACCUGGUGCACUGCCCCUCGCAGCGCCUGCUCGACCGCCUGGUCCGCCGCUACGCCGAGACCAAGGACUCGGGCAGCUUCCUGCUGCGCAACCUGAAGGACUCGGAGCGCAUGCAGCUCCUCAUCACCCUCGCCUUCAAUCCCGAGCCGCUGGUGCUGCAGAGUUUUCCAUCUGAUGAGGGUUGGCCGUUCGCAAAGUACUUAGGAGCAUGCGGAAGAAUGGUGGCUGUCAAUUACGUGGGAGAAGAGCUGUGGAGUUACUUUAAUGCACCAUGGGAGAAACGAGUGGAUCUGGCCUGGCAAUUGAUGGAAAUAGCUGAGCAGCUGACAAAUAAUGACUUUGAAUUUGCACUCUACCUCCUUGAUGUCAGCUUUGACAACUUUGCAGUUGGACCGAGAGAUGGGAAAGUUAUCAUUGUAGAUGCAGAAAACGUUCUGGUAGCAGACAAAAGGUUAAUCAGACAGAAUAAACCUGAAAACUGGGAUGUAUGGUAUGAAAGCAAAUUUGAUGACUGUGAUAAAGAAGCUUGUCUGUCCUUCUCAAAAGAGAUUCUUUGUGCUCGUGUCACUGUGGACCACAAUUACUAUGCUAUUUGUCAGAACCUUUUAUCAAGACAUGCCACGUGGCGUGGCACUUCUGGAGGACUACUUCAUGACCCCCCAGCUGAAAUUGCCAAAGAUGGCCGACUUGAGGCCUUGCUGGAUGAGUGUGCCAACCCAAAGAAGCGAUAUGGUAGAUUCCAAGCCGCAAAAGAACUGCGUGAAUACCUUGCACAAUUGAGUAACAAUGUGAGGUAGUCCACAGUGAAAAUUUUUGGCAACACUGGCUAAAACACUAUUGCAAAGACACAUAGAAAAUGAAGUUUUGAACUUAUGUAUUAAAAAAAGAAAAUAAAAAAAAAAGAAACUAGUUUAUCAGUUCUCUAAAUACCAUAAAAAUAUAAUUUUAUGGUGUUGUAAUGUUCCUUUGCAAACAGACAAGGUACUUACAGAAUUAAAACUUGAGCUACUAUUGAGUCUCCUCCCUAACUAUUUAAAAGGGAGUAGGUCAAAAAGACUGUGAUAGCUUAAUUGACAGCUUGUGUGUCAAAGGGUACUUUACAUAAAACUGCAUUAGUGUCACAGUUUUGUGAGGCUGAUGUUCUUACUUGGAAAGUCAAGUUAGACUGAUGGCCUGUUUUAAAGGCCUUUUUCCUGACAUCAUUGUCUCAUUUUUGUGUUUGUUUAAACACCUUGAAGUGGCAUUUACAUCCAGGUGAAUCUAGCUGUCCACAUUGUUUCAAACUUAACGGGCUUUCAUGUUGAUGCUGUGCAGUACAUUCCUACUGUGAGUGCAGGAUUCCCACGUUUACUGUCUAAUUUUAGGGGGUUUUACACUGUAUUUUACUAUGCUUACACAUUGUGUAUUUUUUUUGAGAUCAUCAUAAAAUCAAAUGUCAUUUGAACUAACAUUCAUUUGAUGUCUUUUGUAGUUCUGCCAUUGGAAAUAUCACUUAAUGUAAUUAUUGUACAAAACUUUUACCCUUCAUGCCAGUAUAUACACAUGACUGUUUAACAGGAAAUCAUGGUAUGAGCAAACUCUUAUUUUUAACAGAGAUAAUUUGAGAAUUGGAGAGAGACUACAAUAAAAAGAUCUGUAUUAAUUUAAAUUGGGGAUAGAAGCUUGUCUAAAAACAAAAAUUCACUAGUCCAGUGUAGUUAAGCAUAAACCAAAGAAAAUGGUUUUGUUUAUUAGUUUCUAAACAAAUAGUAAAGAAAAAAUGCUAUACUGUAGUGAAGCUAAUAAUUCUGAAAAUUCAAAUUUCGCUGGUCCUUGAUUACUCUUUGAAGAACUUCUAAAACUAUGUGCUUAUGCUAGAAGAAAACCUUAAUUUGAAUAAUAAUGUCUAGAAAGUUAGCAGAUUGUUUUACAUCAUUCCCAGUUCUGUUGAAUUCAAAUGUAAUGGAGUUUACUGACUAUUCAUGUUUUGGUUUACCAGCUAAAUUGGUUAAGCUGUAUUCACUCUAGACACCUUUCUUGAACUAAGUUUUAACUCUUCCCAGUGCAGUUAAAAUUGACUCGUUGAGGUUUGUGUAAAUCUGGAGUUGUUCUUAUAAAUUACAGUUUUUACAACUACUAUAAUGCUUCAUUUUCCUGAAGUCUUAUUCAUAAAGAUACUCUUAGGAAAUGUAUGCAUAUCACUUCCUGUAACACUAAUGAAGGAAACUAAUAUUUCUUAAAUGCGUGUAUAGAACAAUAUUUUGUACAAGCUAAAAAGAAUUCUGAGCAAGGCAGUGUGUGCUACUUUGAAGAGCAGAGUUAGUAUGCCUCUCAUACUGCAUCAAAAGACUGAUGGAAACUGUCGCUUUACCAAAUUGCUGCAAGUGCAAGGUGAGGAAAAUGGCAAACUCACUGACUGGCCCUUCUUUCUCAAAGCUGAAAAAAGUGGAGCCAUAUAAAGAUGCAGAGUGUUUGUUGAUUUCUUAGAUGACUAUAUUAAGGAUAUUUUGGAAUUUGAAAUUCUAACUUUAAGUCUUCUUUGCCUAUGUAGUCCUAAUUUGCUCCCAAUCCCUUGUCUCAUUUUCUGAAGUUAGACUGCCCAAUGCAGCUUUUCAUUUUCAUUUCUCCAUUCCCCUCAUUUGACAGAUGGUUUUACAUGCUUGCUCUGGCACAAGCUGUCAGAGAAGGUUCAUGUCAUUUUCCAUCAUAAAAUCCACUUAUUUGAAGAAAACAGACUAACCGUCAGAUUAGGUAAUAUUACCCUACCAUAAAAGCCUUGACUUAACACUAAAGUUGAUUUUUAAACAUCUACCACAUUUUCAAAUGAGCGAGUGGAGUAUGAUUGUUAAAGAUGUAAAAGAAACAAACACUACCCAUUCUGGUUUACUACUUGAGGCAGUUCUGUAACUGUCAGAAUGUCCUAUCAGAUUUGGUUUGGGGUUUAGUUCCCUCAGAAAUAAGUUACUAAAGCCGAUUAUAGAAGGAAUUUGAAACUUUAAAAAAACCCCAUACACUACAGGGAAAACAUUGUGGAGAGCAAUAAAUCUUGUUCUGUUUGCACCUAUCAGAUAUUUAUUGUACAAUAACAAUUUAUAUUUUUAGUCAUUGCCCAUUAUUAUUGAUGAACACGGUGAAAUAUUUUUGAAUGAGAUGUUUGGGGUUUGUAUGUGCAUUACAAUUGUCCUUUUGUACUGUAAGUUACUGUUUGAUUGGAAUAUUUUAUCAAAACUGUCUCCCUGUGCCUUUAUAUUGCAAGAAAGUUGUUUCCGCAACUUCUAAUGAUAUUAAUAAAGAAUACUU